AUGCGACAGUGCCAACAUAUCAAGAUUGGAAAUCUGACACACUCGAAACAUAAGGCAAACAUCAGUGUCAACCUAACUUUGCCGCUUGUGGAGUCUCGACAUCAACUCAAGAGCAUUGGAAAGUAUUAUUAUGACAGGAGAAUUGUCAACGUGUUAUUUCAGAAAGUAAACAACCCUUUGAAAACGUUUUCGGUUCUUGAGCCGGGUGCUCCUGGGACAUGUAGAAAGGGAAGUGCUGAGAGAGUCACGGUGAGGGAGAGUGCCAAACAGAAACAUUGUGUUCUGGCUAUCAGUGCAGGCUUUUUUAACAUAGACACUGGAGAAUGUUAUGGCAACAUCUACAGCGAUGGGAGACUGGUCAGUGACAGUGGUGGGGUGCAAAAUGCUCACUUCGGCAUCACUGCAGACGGCUACAUCUUCGCAGGGUAUCUGUCACAGCAGGAUCUGAUGACACACCGGUUUACCCAGCUAGUUGGAGGUGUCAUAUGGCUCCUGAAGGAAGGGGAGAUCUAUGUUGACGAGAGCAUCAAGAACGAGUGUUCGACGCCGACAACAAGCAUGUAUCCCUACGUCUUUCCUUAUUCUACCCUGAUGCUCCCUGUGUGCCACACAAAUACUCUUGCGAUACCAGAGACAAUGUAUGUUAUUUUCUCCUUCUCUGAAAAACUCACAAUCAUAUAUCCUCACUUCAAAAGGAUGGAUCACAUUAACCUGAAAAAAUUCCUGAUUUUAGUAACACUAAGAGAGUUUGCUUCAAUCCAAAAAUCUCGAGUUGCUGUCGGUCAUGACAAAGACGGCCGCAUCCUUAUUGCCCAUGUCGAUGUGGCGAAGGGGAAUACCGGAGUUGACCUCCACGAGAUGGCAUCCAUAUUGCUUGACCUUGGCUUUGUCAAUGCCAUUAACCUUGACAGUGGAGGUUCGGCCACAACAGUUAUAAACGGUACACUCGUCAGCCAUCCGUCAGAUGAAUGCCCUGACAAAAUAUUCAACUGUGAGCGCCAGGUGACCACCAUCCUGUGUGUACAUGAGCCAGAGUGUGACCCGGGUGACUGUUCAGGGCAUGGGACCUGUGAGAUGGGAGUGUGUGAAUGCUCAGAUCACAGGUCAGGGCCAGCGUGUGACAUCCAGCAGUGUUCACCGAAAUGCAACCAACACGGAUCAACAUCAGCUGGUGCAGCACAAGAGCUGUUGAAGUCCCAACACCAGUCAGACCAGUACAGAUCAUAUUGGUUACUCUCCGUCGUCCUGGGUAUUAUCGCGGCUGUGAGCAUCAUCAUUAACAUCCUACUCCUCUUCAUCCACCUUGACGUGCAGCGAUGAUACGGUACUGGUACACAGCAGCAACAUACCUACAACUACAUCAAGACAACACCUUAACCAGAUGUUCCGACACACAGCAAUGCAACUACAGGUUCAAGUUUACAGCAACAACUCAACUACAGGCACACAUCGCGAGCUCUGUGUCUAUAAGUGAGUGAGUGAAUGAGUUGGGUUUUA